CCUGAACCCUGAGAGGCUGAAGUAUCUUGGUUCAGUCUGCAGACAUCAUGGCUCAGCUGGUGGAGUGCGUUCCAAACUUCUCUGAAGGUCGAGACAAACAGGUGAUCGAUGCCAUCUCAGCAGCCAUCUCCGGCACGGCGGGCUGCAGCCUGCUGGACGUCGACCCCGGAGCCUCCACCAACCGGACCGUCUACACCUUCGUGGGCUCACCUGAGGCCGUGGUGGAGGGAGCGCUGAACGCCGCCCGGCGGGCCUUCAGCCUCAUCGACAUGAGCAAGCACUCAGGUGAGCAUCCUCGGACCGGAGCGCUGGACGUCUGUCCCUUCAUCCCCGUCCAGAACGUCUCCAUGGACGACUGCGUUCACUGCGCCGACAUCUUCGGACAGAAACUGGCAGAGAUGCUGCACGUCCCCGUGUAUCUUUAUGGAGAAGCAGCACGAAAAGAAACCAGAAGAAGUCUUCCGUCCGUCCGAUCCGGAGAGUACGAAGCUCUACCUGACAAGUUGAAGCUCUCUGAUUGGUCCCCUGACUUCGGCCCUGCUGAGUUUGUGCCGUCGUGGGGCGCCACGGUAACCGGCGCUCGCAAGUUCCUCAUCGCCUUCAACGUAAACCUGAUCAGCACCAAAGAACAGGCUCACCGCAUCGCUCUGGACAUCAGGGAGCAGGGCCGCGGGAAAGACCAGCCCGGGCUGCUGCAGAAGGUCCAGGGGAUGGGCUGGUACCUGGACGAGGCCAACAUCGCCCAGGUGUCCACCAACAUCCUGGACUACGAGCUGACCCCCCUCCAUACGGUGCACCAGGAGGUCUGCAGGGUGGCUGAGGACCUGAAGCUGCCGGUGGUGGGCUCUCAGAUCGUGGGUCUGAUCCCUCUGAAGGCCGUCCUGGACUCUGCAGACUUCUACAUCCUGAGAGACGGACUCUUCAUCGUUGAAGAGGAGCACAAAGUCCGGCUGGUGAUCAGUAAACUGGGCCUGGACUCCCUCGGUCCGUUCAGCCCAAAGGAGAGGAUCAUAGAGUACAUGGUGAGGUCACAGGAGGACAGCCGGCUGGUGUCUCUGUCUCUGAAGCAGUUUGUUCAGAGUGUCGGUUCUCGGACGGCGGCUCCCGGUGGAGGAUCAGUGUCUGCUGCGAUCGCUGCUCUGGGCGCGGCGUUGGGCGCCAUGGUGGGUCAGAUGACCUACGGGAAGAGACAGUUUGAGAAGGUGGACGGCGUGAUGAGGAGGCUGAUUCCUCCGUUCCAUGAGGCCACGAACGAGCUGCUGCUGAUGGUGGACGCCGACUCCACCGCCUUCAACAGCUACAUGGCGGCGCUGAAGAUGCCAAAGAACAACGCAGAGCAGAUUAAAAGGAGGCAGGCUGAGAUGCAGGCGGGGCUGCAGCGGGCGGUGUCCGUGCCCUUGGCUCUGGCUGACAGGAUCAGCCUCCUCUGGUCGCCUCUUAAAGAAAUGGUCGUCUACGGAAACAUCGCCUGCAAGUCGGACGCUCAGGUGGCAGCUAAAGCUUUGGAGGCGGCUGUUUUCGGAGCCUACUUCAACGUCUCCAUCAACCUCAAAGAAAUCACCGACGACGACUUCAAGACGGCCACUCAGAAGAGAGCGGCGGCGUUGCUGCAGGAAGCAAAGGAGAGCGCCGCCGCCGUCCUCCUCGCUGCCGAAGAAAGAAACUGACGUUCUCUUGUUCUUCUAGAACCUUUAACCUCAGAAUGUGGUACAACCAUCAUUUUACUGAUGCUAACAGGAAGCUAACGAUAAAGUCACCAAGCUAACGUCUGACAAGACAAAUAGAGCAAUAAUGAAAUAUUUAUUUCUAUACAAAUAUUAAUUAGUUGAACCUGCCAUCCUCAGCGUUCAUUCAUAAAGAAUCUGUUUCAUUGAACCUAAAUGUUGUCGCUGUAGUGACGCCGGCGGCCACCAGGUGGCAGCAGAACGCAGACAGAAUCCUCCGAUCAAACCGAAACAUUCACAAAUGUACAAAUGAUGUUGUUCUUCUCUGGGAAAUGAAACAGAAACCUUGUAGAACAUAAAGUAAGACUGUAUAAGAAUCAAUAGAAAGAAUCAAUACUGAAUAUCUCAGAAAACGUCCAUGAUGGUUCUGAUCAAGUCCGUCCGAGAUAACGUUGAAAUAAAUGUGUGUGGGGGGGCAGCAAGUGAGGUUUAAGCUCAGUUUUCCUGCAGCUUCUUUACUUCCUGUCACGGGGUCAGAGGUCACAAGGUCAGAGGUCACGGGGUCAGAGGUCACGGGGUCAGAGGUCACAAGGUCAGAGGUCACGGUCACACGCUGACUCAGCAGGAAAUCCUCUCGUCAGAGUGAGACCUCCUGUCAGCUGAUCCACAGUCAGCUGUCAUGUGAUCUUUUUAAGCGUUUGUUCUUUUUAAGUCUUAAUUAUUGAUUAUUGAUUAUUGAUUAUGAAGACUCUGAUAUGUUUCACCUCGGUCUGCACUUGUUUUCACGUUUGAUGUGUUUAGCUGUUUGUUUCUUGUCCUCGAUGUUGAAGUUAAAUAAAGAUUUGAAUGGUGUUA